AUGUAUGUCGAAAAUUUUAAGCUAGUAACUUUUUCUAGAAGUGGAUUUGUUACUAUUUCACCAAACUUAACGUGUCUAAUAUCUGGAACUAAUCUAACAAAGACGACGCUAGAAGGCGAUGGUCGAAGUUGUGUUUGUUUACAAGGAUGGUAUGGGAAGGACUGUGGUUUGCCUCAGUCAUUCUCAGCUUCUACAUUUCCUUGGAUCAGAAAUCAACUCAAACGAAGGACCAGACCUCGAAGAGUGAUUAAUGCUAUCAAUAUUAACAACGAGUUGGAACUGUUUGAAAUUCGUGUGUGGGAACUUCACCAUGUGGUGGACAUUUUUCUUGUGUGCGAGUCGAAUUAUACUGCUGCUGGUGAGGAAAAACCUCUGCGAUUAUUUAAAAACUUACAGAAUGGUUUUUUACAGGAGUUCCAGAAAAAGAUUGUCUACGUUUUCCUGGAUCAUUUUCCAGAAGAUGGUCGAUUAAACGGUUGGGCAGCUGAUAACUAUCUUCGGACGUUUUUAGGACAACAGGGUCUAUCACAACUCAGCAGUCUUAACGAUGAUGAUUUAUUUGUUUUGAACGAUGCAGAUGAAAUUCCAAAAGCUGAAGUUUUAGAAUUUCUUAGACAGUAUGAUGGUUAUCCAGAACCAAUCUCUUUGAAAAUGAAAUGGUACCUGUAUGGUUUCUUUUGGCAGGAACUCAAAAAAACAAUACGUAUAAGAGCUGUUUCUACCAUUAAAGUAUUAAAAGAAGUAUGGAAAAAUGAUGCAAUUGAAUUGCGACGUGAGAAUAUGCUGGAAACGUACAGAAGAACAUCGAACAACAACUAUAGCGUGUCUCUCAAUCCAUGGUUCUUAGGUUCGAAUGAAUUCCACGCAGGUUGGCAUUGCUCUUGGUGCUUCAGUCCUGCUGGCAUUCAGAUAAAACUUCGUUCUGCCCAAGAGGAUGACGGAAUCCGAUGGGGCGACUUCCCAGAGAAAUACAACCUGGUUUACAUUAAGACAUUGAUACGUGAUGGUCUGUGGUUUGAUAACACUAAGACAGUGGUGAAAAGAAACGUUUUCAGUUAUGACGAUGCACCUUACUAUGCACUUAAAAAUGCCGAGCGCUUUAAACAUUUACUACAGAACCCUUUCGUUGAAGAAGAAGAAAAUGCGAAAAUAUAA